AUGUCAGAAUCUUUAAAUCUUAGGUUGAAAGCGAGAGAGAUUCUUGUGAGCCCAAGCCAUGAAGAACUAGAGAUUGUUGUGAAUCAUCUCUUUAAGCGUAAAGAAUCCAAAGAAUAUCAAACAUCGUCUGCUCUGUACGACCUCUUUGUCUCUGAUUUCCCAGAUUGCUUGGCCCUCAAGCUUCUUCAGGUCUAUCAAUCUUCUUCCAGUGGCGUUACCAGAUUCAGAUCAAUCUAUCAACUCUCAGAGACUCUCACUGCUUUGAGAAACCGCAACUUCAAACUCUCUAUUGACUCUCUUUAUGAAAUCAAAAGGGUUUUGAUUACGUGCUUGACAAGGCAAGAUACCAAAGAAUCCGACAUCAAGAUUUUCAGAAGAAUCGUGUCUUGUGUAGCUUACAAUGUUUUGGACUUGCAUAAAGACGAAUGGGAUGAGCUCGGUGAUUGUAUCGUAUUGCUUGCAGUUGCAGAUAAAGAACAUGUCAAGGCUUUUCACGUCUUCCUCGAAUUGCCACCAGUCUACGAGGAGUUCAUCAAGAAGGUUCUGAAGAUUAUGUUAGAUAAAGCUAAGGAGGUUUUGGUUAAUCCUGAGGAAAAUGGAGUUGAUGAUUGGAGCUUGGCUUUACAAACUCUUGUUAAAUUGGGGAUUCAGUUUUUCAAUACAGGAAUGAAACAAGACGUGAUCAAGAAUAUAAUGAGAUCUCAGCUUUUAAAUAUUCUUCAAUCAGCAAAGAAGCUAGUGGAGAUGGGAGAAGAGAAGUUUUUGGUACGAGGGCUUGAAGAUUUUCAAAGGUUCUUGUCAAGAGACAUGAAUCUUUAUAACUACACUAAAGAACAAUGCCAUUUUGUGUCCACGUUCGUGAGUGAGAUUGGAAAUGUCAGAGAAGUAGGAACACUAACCAAGGAGAUUGUAAGAAAGAUCAACAUGUUGUUUACAAGACAACCUCAGGGAACUCAAGAUCAUGAAGCUGAAUUUGUCCGUGACUGGUAUGGUCAUUUGAAAGAUUUAUCUGCACUAGAAGUCUUAGAGAUCUUUGCGUCCAGUGAUCUUGAAGAUAGGUCAAGAGAGAUAGCAAUCAGAAGGGUCAAUGUAUUACUCUCUGAUCAUGCAGACAUUGCAGAGAUGAGAGAACUCCAACCCUUGCUCAUAUAUUGCCUUGAGGAAGAAGAAACCUCGGAAGAUAUGUUCAAAGUUCUAGGUCAGGUGGUGAAUCACGUUGCGUAUGAGUUGUUUAAACACCAAGAUGUCACAUGGUACGCUUUACGCAAUUAUAUUGCAUCGAGUGAAACAGAGUUCGAGAGAGCGGUUUAUAUCUUCCAGUGCUUAACAAUGCCACUUGAAGAUGAAGAGUUUGUAAUUCCUGUGAUUGAAGUUCUUCUCCCAGAGAUAAGUAAAAGACUAAAACCACCAACAGAGUUGUUGGUAGAUAACAGUUGUUGGGUUUUAGCGUUUACUGGUGCCUUCUUCGCAGCUAUUCACUUGAUAGAGGUCUCAAGUUAUGCUAAAGCUGUUAAGGAGAUUGCUCAUAAGAUGAUAGAUUCAGUGAGGAAGCUUGUGGAAAGAGGAAUGGAAGUUGGGGUUGUGAGGAGAGCUUUCAGAGAUGUGGAAAUCAUUGUGAAGAAACAAAUGAGUUGGUAUGGUACAAGCGAGUACAAAUUGAUUAAGAGUUUGCUUUGGAGACUGUAUACAAUCAAAGGCAUGAAAUGGGAAAGUAAGAUUGUGUUGUGGAGAAUCAAUGUGAUUGUUGAGAGAGGAGUGAAUGAAAUGGUUAAAGAGCUGCCAGAGAAUGAGUUUGAUUGGCUGAACCUUACCAAUGUGGUUGUUGAAUAG